CUACAAGGCGCCGCCCGGUAGACGCUUGGAACUGCCGAUCCGAGAGCUGCUCGUGGAGGGUAGGCGGCGGGAGCGGAGUGGGUCGGGCGGGGCCGAGCCGGGCCGGGGGCCGUGUCCGGGCCGGCGGACGGCGGGAUGGGCUGCACCGUGAGCGCCGAGGACAAGGCGGCGGCCGAGCGCUCCAAGAUGAUCGACAAGAACCUGCGGGAAGACGGCGAGAAGGCGGCGCGGGAGGUGAAGUUGCUGCUGUUGGGUGCCGGGGAGUCGGGGAAGAGCACCAUUGUCAAGCAGAUGAAGAUUAUCCACGAGGAUGGCUACUCCGAGGAGGAAUGCCGGCAGUACCGGGCGGUCGUCUACAGCAACACCAUCCAGUCCAUCAUGGCCAUCGUCAAAGCCAUGGGCAAUCUGCAGAUUGACUUUGCCGACUCCUCCCGCGCGGACGAUGCCAGACAGCUGUUUGCGCUGUCGUGCACGGCCGAGGAGCAGGGCUUGCUCCCAGAGGACCUGUCCGGCGUCAUUCGGAGGCUCUGGGCUGACCACGGCGUGCAGGCGUGCUUUGGCCGCUCUCGGGAGUACCAGCUCAAUGACUCUGCCGCCUACUACCUGAAUGACCUGGAACGAAUUGCGCAGAGCGACUACAUCCCCACACAGCAGGACGUGCUGCGGACCCGCGUGAAGACCACGGGCAUCGUGGAAACACACUUCACCUUCAAGGAUCUCCACUUCAAGAUGUUCGAUGUAGGCGGGCAGAGGUCGGAGCGGAAGAAGUGGAUCCAUUGCUUUGAGGGGGUCACCGCCAUCAUCUUCUGCGUAGCUCUGAGCGCCUACGACCUGGUGCUCGCUGAGGACGAGGAGAUGAAUCGAAUGCACGAGAGCAUGAAGCUGUUUGACAGCAUCUGCAACAAUAAGUGGUUCACGGACACGUCCAUCAUCCUCUUCCUCAACAAGAAGGACCUGUUCGAGGAGAAGAUCACACACAGCCCCCUGACCAUCUGCUUCCCGGAGUACACAGGGGCCAGCAAGUACGAGGAGGCAGCCAGUUACAUCCAGAGUAAGUUUGAGGACCUGAACAAGCGCAAGGACACCAAGGAGAUCUACACGCACUUCACGUGCGCCACCGACACCAAGAACGUGCAGUUCGUGUUUGACGCCGUCACUGACGUCAUCAUCAAGAACAACCUGAAGGACUGUGGCCUCUUCUGAGCGCGGUGGGGCCUGGCAGGAUGGGCCACCGCCGACUCUGCUCCCCCAGCCCCUGAGGAAGAUGGGACCAAGAGGACCACGCUCCCCGCCUGUGCCCUGGCCGCUUUUCCCCUCCCCUCCUCUGUUCUUGGUCCCCCUGCCCCUCUCUCAGCUGCAGUGGCCCAGGGAGGGGUUGCCACAGGUCCCCCUAUCUGAAGCUCGCCUCAUCCCGGGUGCUGGGAAUGACUGCGGUCCCAUCCCGGUGUUUGCCAUUGUUGUGUUUGGCGAUGGGAAAGGGACACGUAAGCUAGUCUCCCAAGGCCUGUCUGCAGGGCCACCCACUUCUCCAGCCUGGGACCCACCCCCUGGUUUUGCCUAACACCAGCCCCUGACCAGCCCAAGUCCAAAUGUUUACAGGGGCCUCCUCCCCACUCAUCCUUCCAGCCGCGCGGAGGCCCCAAAGGUAAAAGCACAAGAACCUUGAGAAACCACGCGUACAGGUCACUUGCUCUUUCACCUGGCUUUUUAAAAAAAGAAAAGGAAAGGAAAAAAAAAGACUCAGACCAAGAAAAAAAGAAACUCACACCAAGGGAAACAGACUCAGACCAAGACAAACUAUUUUUAGACAAACUAUUUCAAUGCUCGGAUCUAACCAGUGCCCUGCUCCUUCCAGUGAUGCCGUGCCUUGAGUGUGUCUGCGUGUUUACACCCGUCCCCUCGCUGGCUGCCCUCUGUGGGGUGACAACCUUCCCGCCCUCCACAGAAUCGGGUUCCAAGGGCUGUUCCAGACAACUGCCAAUGUCACUGAGGGUCCCCAUCCCAGUGGGCCCCCGGGCCCUGACUCCAUUAACCUAAAUGUAGCUCCUUAGCGCUAACCUAGGAACCACCGCUGCCUGCUGAGGGGCCCCGCCCCACCCGCCCUCGCUCAAGGUCCGGAUCCUUCAGCGUAGAACACUUCCUUGCUUUUUUCACGUUUUAUGGAAUUGUCCAUCUGGUUUGAAAUAAUAAAAUGUAGA